AUGAAAUGCAGCACAGUUUGAACUCCGAAUUGACUAUCCUUUCCUUGACCUGCCUGUCUUGAGAUCCCCCUGUAACCAUGACAACCAAAUCCAACAGCAAUGACCUGGCCGGAAAGGACUCCUCAUCCCCCCUCCUAUCAUUGCCUACCCGCCAACGCCUGGUCAAUAAAGAUGGCCACUGCGCCUUACGUGUACCCAACCCCCCAGCGGGAUUAUGGCCAUGGGCCUCGGCCCGGGCCUGGCUGCUGAUGCUGCAGGAUCUGUGGGGAGCUGUGGUGGGGCUGCGUUGGCGAUGGGUCCUGCUGGCCUUCUGCACCUCUUUCCUGGCCCACUGGUUGCUCUUUGCCUGCCUGUGGUACCUGCUGGCGCAUGUCAACGGGGACCUGGCUGUGCAGGAUCAUGACGCGCCCCCCGCAGGCCACGUGGUGUGCGUCAAGCACAUUACAAGCUUCACUGCCGCCUUUUCCUUCUCCUUAGAGACACAGUUGACCAUUGGCUAUGGCACCAUGUUCCCUAGUGGAGACUGCCCCAGCGCCAUUGCACUCCUGGCUGUGCAGAUGCUCCUGGGGCUCAUGCUUGAGGCAUUCAUUACAGGUGCAUUUGUGGCUAAGAUUGCCCGUCCUCAGAAACGAGCAGGAGCCAUCCAGUUCAGCCCCCAGGCAGUAGUGGGCCAGCACCAGGGCCAGACUAGCCUCAUGCUCCGUGCCACCAAUUUGCUCCGUCACCCCCUGGUGGAUGUGAAAGUGAGUGCUGUGCUCUAUGAGGAGCGCGAGGGUCAGGCCCUGCACCAGACCUCACUGGACUUUCAGCUUGAUCAUCUGGGCCAACGUCCCUGCCCCUUCUUCAUCUUCCCCCUUACUUUCUACCAUCCUUUGGACCGCUGCAGCCCCCUCUACCCGGUCCUGUGUGAGGGCAGCUCCAACCAUUUUGAGCUGGUGGUAUUCCUUUCUGCCUCGCAGGAAGGUACGGGCGACACCUGCCAGAAGAGGACCUCUUAUCUCCGUCAGGAGAUCCAGUUUGACCGCCGUUUUGUUCCUGCUGUUUGGCUGGACAACCGAGGGAGGUACAAGGUGAGCGCCCAGCAUUUUGAUACGGCCCACUCAAAAGAACAUUUGGAUAAGGACUGUGUGGUGCAGAUCAACGGUGACGGGAGUGACAGGAUGGAGUAG